AUGAUGCAUCAGUUCAUGGAGAAUCAAGAGAAAUUCAUUGAAGGAAUGAAGCAAUGCGCCAAAGAUAACAAAAACCUUGGUUUCAAGAUGGAUAGCAUGCAUGAUCAUCUUCAAAGGAGUAACCAGGAGCUGUAUGAGAGAUUUAUCAACCUCUCUAAUCAUGUUAAGAUGGUGGAAGUGCAAGUUUCUCAAAUUGCAGAAGGAUCCAAGAGACAAGCCAAUGUUCUUCCGGGAAAAGUGGAGGAGAACCCUAAGUUUUGCAAGGUGAUAACAACCAAGAAGAAAGAUCCGUUUCACCAGCCCCUAGAGUCAAUCAACCUUCCAAGAUCUACAGUGAAUCUCAUGUCUAAAAUCAUAGCAAAGAAGCUUGGGAUUGUAGAGAUGGAGCCUCCUGGAAAGAUGCUCAAGUUUGCAGAUGCUUCUAGCACAACUCCAUAUGGCUUUGUGCGUGAUCUAGAGAUGCAAGUAGGGGAUGUCUAG